AUGGCCGGGUACAAGCCAAAGGUGAUUUCUCUAACCAAGAGGCCAGGUCAGACAUUUGGCUUCUACUUGAGGGUGGAGCAUGGCGAGGAUGGUCAUCUGAUCCGCAGCCUGGAAAUGGGAGGUCCAGCUGAACUAGCUGGCAUGAAAGAUGGAGACCGGAUCCUACGAGUUAAUGGAGCAUUUGUUGAUAGUCUGUCCCAUUCAGAGGUGGUGGACCUGGUGAGAAAUGGCGGGGCAACUGUCACCUUCCACACCUUGGAUGAAGCUUCCUACAAGCAAGCAAAAGCUCAGGGCGUAAACCUGUCUGAUCCUAACAAUGCUCCUGUUGUCAACGGUGUGGCAAAACAUGCACCAAAACCUAAACUCUGCUACUUGGUCAAAUCCAGCUCAGGCUACGGGUUUUCUCUUCGCUCGGUCAAUGGUCAGCAGGGUUUGUUCAUGACAGAGGUGAUGUCAGGAAAUGUGGCAGACAGGGCAGGGGUCAAAGCAAAUGAUCGUCUGCUUGAAAUCAACGGGGAGGACGUGGAGGACUCCACGCACGAACAAGUGGUGGAAAAGAUCAAGCUGUCAGGCAGUGACGUCAUGUUCCUAUUGAUUGACGAAGAAGGAUACAGGUACUACCAGAACAAGCGCAUCAAAGUAACAGCGUCAUCAGCUACAGUCAAGUACCUCCCUCACAAGCCACGCAUCAUUGACAUGACCAAAGGAUCUGAUGGGUAUGGUUUUCUGCUGAGAGAGGAGCCAAACCAAACAGGACAUCUCAUCAGGGACAUAGACAGAGGCAGUCCAGCAGAAAGGGCAGGUCUGAAGGACAUGGACAGGCUGGUGGCUGUGGAUGGCAAGGAGGUGGAUGGCUGCAGCCAUGACCAGGUGGUAGACAGAAUCAGGCAGAGUGGCAACAAGUGCUGCCUCCUAGUGGUGGAUAAGGACACGGACCAAAUGUAUAAGCAGGGGAGAGUGUCUCCUAUGCUUUUCUGGGAGGAAAGGAACGACUCACUCUCUCCACCUAGUUACACAGAGGCUGUCAAAUUACCAUCCACACCUGUUCAGGAGACAGAAGAAGAGCUCAAGCCUAAACUGUGUAAGAUGGAAAAGUCCUCAGCUGGCUAUGGCUUUCACCUAAAUGGCAUCCAGGGUGUGUGUGGUCAGUACAUUAAAGAGGUGGUGAGGGGUGGAGUGGCUGAAAGAGCAGGUCUGGAGGACGAUGACAUUGUGGUGGAAGUGAACAGAGUGAAUGUGGAGCAGAGCAGCCAUGACGAGGUGGUGGGUAUAAUCCGCAGCAGUGGCAGCUCUCUAGAGAUGCUGGUGGCUAAAAAGAGCGUCUACGACCAACUUAAAGCUAAAGGAGUGCCCAUCACACGCCAGCUCCUCGGAGAAGCAUCCUAUGUUGAAGUCCACUCUGCAGAAACUCCAGAGUCCUGCGAGGAGGUGACAUAUGAUGAGAUUGAAAGACCAGAAACUCCUACUGAACGAGCAAGAGAGAGGACCCCAUCUGUGUCAUCAUCUUCAUCAAGUGACAGUGAAGAUGAGAGAUUUUGA